AUGAAAUUAGAUUUACAGCAACAGCAAUAUGAUGGUGAAAAUAAAAAAGAUGAACAUAGUUUAUCUUUUAGAAAAAUUAGGGAGAACGCUAUCAAUACUUUACUUACUGCAAUGGAGAAUAUUUUAUUGGAUGAAACUGGAAUGCCAUGGAAAUUAAUUGGGGCAAAAUUAGAUGAUUUUAAUGAUCAUAAAUUUAAAAAUAAAUCUUCAACAAGCUCGGUAAUUCAAGAUGAUUUAGGGAUGUCAUUAAGUUGUUUAUCAUCUCUAAAACGAAAAUGUGAAGAUGAAAAUCAACAAAAUUUCAAAUCUUUAAAGGUUUCAAAUUCUUUAUCUUUGAAAUUGGCAAGAAUUCAUUUACUUCACAAUAAGAACACCACUUUAGACAUGGAUGUUAUUACUGAUAAUAAUCAUAAUCAUAACUAUCACAGCGAUCACGAAGAUAAUAAAUUAAUCCAUGAACCAGCUAGACUUCAAUUGUUGCGUCGUAUAAUAUCAUAUCACAAUGAUAACGACCAUGAGAGUAAUUGGUGUCGUUCGUCUACCAGAACAACAACAAAUUGGUUCGAAUUGCAAGCAAUAAAAAAAAACAUGACUAUACAGGAUUUUCAAAUGCAAUUUCAACAACGAAUAAAUGAUAUGGAAACAUCUUUAUUCGUUCUUCACAAUUCCCUUCCACGCUGUUAUAAUGAAAUCUUACACUUAACUGACAGAUUUUUGAUUAACGCUGAUUGGAUAAGGUGUGAUUAUUUUAAACCGUUCAUACAAAUGUUUCCUCAAUGGUCAACGUUGGGAAAAGGGUUUGAAAAUAUAGUACAAUAUGUUGAAAUUGUUGAAGACAUGAAAAUAACAGUCGAAUCAGAAUUUCCUCAAUUAAGUGAAGACAUAUCGUCAAAUUUGAAUCAAAUCCAAGAAGUCUUGGAAUUUAAAAGAUCUUUAUAUGGAGAUGUUAUAAAACAAUCAGGAUUGAGUUGGAAAGCAUUAGGAUUUCCAAUUGAUGAGAAUUGGUCUAAUUCAACUAAACAAUGGUUGUUAGGAUUAGCUUUCCACUUUACAAAGGUGAUGGAAGAUAUUAUGAAUAGUAUCAAAAUAAUUGGUAAUGCAGUAGAAUUAGUUGGCUCAACAAAUACGAAAUUAUUAUUGUCCAGCAUCAUGCUAGCAACUUCAUAUGUCAAUUUUGGAUUGUCACAAAUUGAUAAAAUGGAGAAUUUUGAAAAAAAUUAUCUAAAAAUUAUUGAAAAUUUUGCAUCUGCGUUAGUAGAGACAGGAUUAAAAUUAUGCGAACAUAUCACUAGACCAAAAACAAAUACUAUCACAGGAAGUGAGAACUUUGUUUAUAUGUAUUCAGAAUUUGUAUUAAAGUUCGUUAGUAGGGUUAUUGAAUAUUUUGGAACAGAAAAAGAAUUUGAAAUAAGAAUGCAUCCUUUACUUGCUAGUUUAAAGAAAAAAUGA